AUGGACAUGCGAAUACCAGGAGAGGACCUGCCACUGGAGGUCGUGGAGGAGCUUUCUGAUGGUGGAAAAAUCGAUUGGAAGGAGUUGCUCACAAAGCAAAUCAGUGGGGAGGAUACCUUCCAACAGACUCUUACCAUUCAGAAGGUUACUCAAAUCCUCCUUAACUACAUACAGACGACCCAGCCUGAGCUGGCUAAGGUCCAUUCCCAGCUCGGACGGAUAACGCAUCAAGUAAUUGACUUGGAGUCUCGGAUGAAGCAGUUGAGGAAGGAGAUCAAAGCUACAGGCGAGGGUAUCUUUGGGCCACCACCGCACAGUUCUGGUGGGUUAUCGACUUUGAAAAACCAGAUGGUUGGUUUGAAGGAGAUGCUAACGCGGGAAUCGGGUGACCAUGAGAACCGCGUUCAGAAGGUCCGAGAACAGUUGACAAAGGUUGAUGGUGGUGGGGGACGGUCGUUGAUAAGUGAUGACUUGGAAGAUUCCAUCAGCAGCUCACAUAGCUUGGCCAACAAGUUGUUCAUGCUGUGUAAAAAGGGAGGGGCAUAA